AUGACUUCCAGAAGCACAUCCUUCUCCCACAGCCCCCAGCGGUUUCGGCGCCCAUCAAUCAGUUCGAGGCUCUCGUUUGCUGUCUCAAACGCGGAGCAGGAAGAUGAGGAUGACGGCAAUGAAGGGGGCGACAGCGCGGCCCCCACUGAGAGGCGGCAGCAGCAUCAGAUUGAGGAGGAAAUCGCCGAGAUCAAGCGCUAUGAGGACUUCACCACCAUAGAUUGGGUACAGGACGCCGCUCGUGAGCAGGCGCGGCGGAAACUGCGACGGCGACGGCGCGCGGGCAUGCUCGACAAUGGCCAGGCCGGAUGGAGAUCCCGUUUGCGUGAGUCCUACGAUGCAGCCCAGGGCUGGCUAGUCGUCACCCUGAUCGGAAUCACCAUCGGCCUUAACGCUGCCUUCUUGAAUAUUAUCACCGAGUGGCUGUCCGAUAUCAAGAUGGGAUAUUGCACGACGGCUUUCUACCUUAACGAGAACUUUUGCUGUUGGGGCGAGGAUAACGGCUGCGCCGCGUGGCAUAAGUGGACGGGGUUCGGUCCCAUCAAUUACCUGCUCUAUAUCCUGUUCGGCACCUUCUUCGCCUUUACGUCGGCAACGCUCGUCAAGUCGUUCGCGCCAUACGCUGCGGGCUCGGGUAUUUCCGAGAUCAAAUGCAUCAUCGCCGGGUUCGUUAUGAAGGGGUUCCUCGGUUUCUGGACGCUCUUGAUCAAGUCUGUCUGUCUGCCUCUUGCCAUUGCCUCAGGGCUGUCAGUCGGAAAGGAGGGCCCAAGUGUCCAUUACGCCGUGUGUACAGGAAACGUCAUUUCGCGGCUGUUCGACAAAUACCGCCGCAAUGCCGCCAAGACACGGGAGAUCUUGAGUGCGUGUGCCGCGGCUGGUGUCGCUGUCGCCUUCGGCAGUCCCAUUGGAGGAGUGCUUUUCUCUUUGGAGGAGAUGUCGAGUUACUUCCCUCUCAAGACACUGUGGCGAAGUUACUUCUGCGCUCUUGUGGCGACGGCUGUACUGGCCGCAAUGAACCCCUUCAGAACUGGGCAGCUUGUCAUGUUCCAGGUACACUAUGAUCGGUCAUGGCACUUCUUCGAAGUGGUUUUCUACAUCAUCUUGGGUAUCUUUGGCGGCCUUUACGGUGCCUUUGUCAUCAAGUGGAAUUUGCGGGCUCAGGCUUUCAGAAAGAAGUAUUUGUCCAAGUACGCUAUUGCGGAGGCGACGAUCCUAGCUGCUGGAACCGCCAUUAUUUGUUACCCAAACGUCUUCCUUAGAAUCGACAUGACGGAAAGCAUGGAGAUUUUGUUUCUGGAGUGCGAAGGUGCUGAGGACUACCACGGACUAUGCGAGCCCGACCAAAAGCUCAAAAAUGUCCUAUCGCUGGUCAUUGCCACGAUUUUGAGAAUUCUUCUCGUAAUCAUCUCGUAUGGCUGCAAAGUGCCGGCUGGUAUUUUCGUCCCUUCCAUGGCCAUUGGCGCGUCUUUCGGACGUACCGUGGGUAUCAUUGUCCAGGCCAUACACGAAGCCAACCCAACGAGCGCCUUUUUCGCGGCUUGUAAGCCGGAUGAGCCCUGCAUUACCCCAGGCACGUACGCUUUCCUGGGUGCCGCUGCUGCACUAAGUGGUAUCAUGCACAUCACUGUUUCCGUGGUUGUCAUCAUGUUCGAACUCACUGGCGCCUUAACAUAUAUUCUCCCAACCAUGAUCGUUGUUGGAGUCACAAAGAUCGUUAGCGAACUGUUCGGCAAGGGCGGUAUCGCGGACAGGAUGAUUUGGUUUAGUGGCUUCCCCUUUUUAGACAACAAGGAGGAGCACAACUUUGGCGUCCCCGUCUCGGAGGUCAUGCGUACCGAGGUCACAUCUUUGCCAGUCAAUGGCAUGAUAUUCUCGCAGCUUGAGAACCUGCUUAAGGAGGACAAAUAUCAAGGCUUCCCUAUCGUGGAAGACGAAAACUCAAAGAUUUUAGUCGGCUACAUCGGCCGUACGGAACUUCGAUAUGCCAUCGACCGCAUGAAGCGCGAAAGACCAAUCAACCCAGACGCCAGAUGCAGCUUCUCACCACCGCGGACGCUCAGUGUCGUCAGCCCUAUCACACCAACCGUAUCCAGCUUCUCUGAUUCGAUGUCGUCUAGCUCAGUGGAUUUUAGCCGCUAUAUCGACAGCACGCCUGUGACAGCGCAUCCACGCCUGCCGCUUGAGACGGUGAUGGAACUCUUCCGCAAGAUCGGCCCGAGAGUUGUUCUUAUUGAAUACCACGGACGAUUGUCGGGUCUCGUAACGGUUAAGGACUGCUUGAAGUACCAGUUCACAGCCGAGCACGCCGAGAAUCCCCGUGACGACUCUUUCGCCGAGAGCCAGGAAAAGAUAUGGAGUGCCAUGCGCCGCGCCGCUGGCUGGGUAUCGGAUAAGGUAUCCACUGCAUCCGGCGGGAGGAUACGGUUGUCGUUCGAUGAGCGGAGAUCGCCUGGGGUGCGGCCUCCUGGCGCGCAGAUUCUUGAUGGCGAUGAGGAUGUCGCUGAUGAUGGUGCUGUAGAGCUUGAGAACCGAUGA